AUGCCUGCGUUUCACAGUCUCAAGCUUCUACCCACCAACUGUGCCACCAACUCCACCACCCAAAGCCCCACCGCUAGUCCCGUCAUCCGCCUCCAUCGCCGUCGCCGCCGCAAAACCCUCCGCAUGCUCCUCCUCGAUCGCCGCCACCAAGAUCCUCCGGAAAUCACCGACGAGGAGAUCCGAAUCAGAGUCCGACACAAGUUAAAGGAUUUGCUCGUUUCCUCGCCGCCGCCAACUGGAGACGACGAGAGGCGCCGAGAAGGUGAACGUAAAGAGCGGGAGGCAUUGCUGCCGGCCGUUUCUGUUUCCGGCAGCGUCGGUUUUCGAUUUCGAACUGUCGCGUUUCGGCGCGGCGGAGCCGCCUCCCUCGGGCCGGUUUCGUCGGCGUUCCGGCGUAGAUUACUGAGAAGAGCUUGGCGACCUGUGCUCCUCACCAUCCCUGAGUAG